AACUCGAAUCCAUCACAAAGCCUAUCCAAGAAAAGAAAAAAAAAAAAAAAAAAAAAAAAAAACCCAACAUCUUUUGUCUUUGGAAGAUGGGUUUCAAACAUGUCUCUCUUUUCCUUCUUCUUUCGCUUCUCAUACUCACAAUCUUGUCCGGAGCCGACCAAGCUUUGGCUACUGACAAGAAACAGCAUGUAAGCCAACGUAACAAAACGGCGUUGGCCGCCGCCGGAGGAGGAGGAAAAGAGGUGUUGAAAGGGAGGAAGCAGACGAGUGGUUGUAACCUGUUCCAAGGGAGAUGGGUUUUCGAUGCUUCUUACCCUUUCUACGAUUCAUCCACGUGCCCUUUCAUUGACGGUGAGUUCGACUGUCUCAAAUUCGGUCGACCAGACAAACAGUUCCUCAAGUACUCUUGGCUGCCUGAUUCAUGUACCGUCCCAAGGUUUGAUGGGGAAGCGUUUCUGAAGAAAUGGAGAGGGAAACGAGUGAUGUUCGUGGGUGACUCACUGAGUCUAAACAUGUGGGAAUCGUUGGGAUGUAUGAUAUAUUCGUCGGUUCCAAACACUAAGACCACUUUUCUCAAGCGUACCCCACUCUCGUCUCUCACUUUCCAGGAAUAUGACGUCACACUAUUCCUGUACCGAACACCAUACCUAGUGGACAUCUCCAAAGAAAGUGUAGGGCGUGUGCUUAACCUUGGAGCCAUCGAAGAUGGUGCUGAUGCUUGGAAAAACAUGGACCUCCUCGUCUUUAAUUCCUGGCACUGGUGGACUCACACAGGAGUACAGUCCCAAGGGUGGGAUUUUAUAAGAGAUGGGUCUUCAUUAACAAGAGACAUGGACCGUCUUGAUGCUUUUAACAAAGGACUCACCACUUGGGGUCAAUGGAUUGAUCAAAAUGUUAACAUUUCGCAAACCCGAGUUUUCUUCCAAGGCAUUUCUCCCACUCAAACGAUAUAUUUUAUACUCUUAAUGGCUACAGUCUCAAAUAUAAAAAGAGAAAAAGAUGUCAAAUAUACUUCUUUUGUAUAG